AUGAUCGGCAGCUCCUCUGCCAACAGUGGCCAAGAUAACGAUUGUGGUAUAACCUGCGUUUUAAGCGACUUCUUUGAUUCAGUGUUUGGAACUGGUUCUGGGUACGAUUAUUACGGUGGAAACGAAACCGGAAAUGGAUCCGAUUAUUACGAUUACUAUUACUACAAUACCGGCCCUAAUAUGCAAGAAGAAAUUAUUAUUAUACCGCUGAGUCCGUCCGGAUCAGGGCCAACGUUCGGCGAUUACAAUUACUCCUCUUAUAACGCACCCAGCAGUGAAGGAAAUAUGAGCCAGUCUGGAUGGACUGGAAUAGGUAUACCUGGAUUAUUCCCCAGUAGUUCGUCGAAUGGUUCGGUUAUUCCUUUCCCGCCCUUCUCAGUACCUGCAACAAACACAUCGUCGAAAUCUGGUUCAUCGUCAUCAUCAUCCAGCUCAGGAAGUAAUAGUGGUUCUACUUGGGGAAGUGGUUCCAGCUCAACCUGGUCAGGAAGCGGAUCCGGUACAAGUUCUUCAGGAGCUGCAACAUCAACUUCAGCUCCUGCACCCAACAUCACUACUUCCGGAACUUCUGCUUCGGGCAUCACUUUACCUUCAACCAGCACCAGUGUUUCCGCCUCUAGUGCUCCAUCUACCAGUGCACCAGCAUCCAGCAGUCCUUCUGCUCCGACAAAUACUACAUCUGUUCCUACCAAUGCCACUUCAUCUGCUUCUGCUCCAUCAGCCCCAAUCCCUAUUAACACUAACAAUGGUAUUUUUGGAACACAACCAACUGCAUAA